UUUUCCGCCAUCUAGUGGUGAAUUACAGACGGAAUGAUUAUUGUGGUUUAAGGUUCCGCCCGACCCCUUUUCUUGCUUGCGCUCAUGCUGUCCGCACAGCGUUGCUGCAGAUUGACGCCACUGAAAGGAAAGAGAAAUAAAAGUUAAAAAAACAGAAGAAAUAAACAAAGCAAUGUUGAGAAGAAACUACAGCCAUAAGAAAUAUUUAGCCUCUCAUGGACGUCAGCUCACGAGUUCUCACGGGUUGUUCAGACCAGAAUAAACCCCGUCUUUGACUCUAUCUCGUGCCUCCGUCAUUCCAGUGAGGGUGCUACACCCUACGAAACUUAAACCGAAUAAUCUCCUUUGGGAGUGUCACAGAACAGAUCGGGAACAGAUUUUUGUUUAGACAUUAGAAAUGAUCUCAAAAUAAAAAAAAAAAAAUGGAUUCAUUAGGUUCAAUCUUCACAAGUCACCAAAAAACAAACAAAACAUGAGCCGCUGAAGCACUUGACACCACACUAAGGUGUUAUGAAACUCUCUGGCCUCCCUACAUCUGUACAUGGAGGGGGGGGUGAACGAGCCCAGACUGAGGCACAGCUGUCUGCCUGCAAUGGCUGUCUGUGGCCUUCCUGGCUCCCUGCCUGGCUCCACCCCCUCACCAUGUGAGACCUACAAGAUUAAAAUAACAGAUUCUGGUGUUAGAUGUGAAACUGAAUACCUAUGAAGAGGCAUAAGACAGACUUUUAUAUUGAAUCUGUGUAAAAAAAAAAAAAAAAAAAGAAUCUGUGUAAAAGUUGAAUGUCUGGCCAGGAUUCGGGCCUCCAGCACCUGAAAAGCCAGGUUCAUGACCUCUGCAGGCUCCUUCCUGAAGAUACGUCCCUCUGCCCAUCCACCACAUCAGCCAAAUAGCCAUGUGAUUACAAACUCUCAUCACUCAAAUUACAUGAAAUCCUAAUUAUUCCUUUUAAAUUCCCAGUCAACUGCACAUGAAGUUUAAUCUUACCAAAGUAUGACUUCAUCUUCUCACAAAUUGGACGCUAGAGGACCUCAUGUCUGUAGGGACAGAGAUGACACAGCAGAUCUCGAUGGCCAACAGCACAGUCUAGGAGCAUAAAAAGGCCAGCACAGAGGUUAGAAUCCUACUUUGGAUGAAAAUGAAUAAUGUAUAUCAUUAGGCAUAUUAAAACCCUGUUGGACAGGCUGCUCAUAGAUUGUCUUUCUAAGUAAUCACAUUAUAUUCAAGCAUUUAAUGUUUUCACUUCAGGAUAUUUUUGUGUCUUUUUUUAUAGUAGAUCAAUGUUGUUAUUGGAUGCUCAACUAGUUAAAGAUACAAACUCCGAGGAAUUGUGUCUGACCUGAUCCUGAGGGGUUUGUUAUAUUUAUGCUUCAUGACAAAAGAAUCAUAUUUUAAAAAGUAAGACCUGUCUUAUUCUGAUUAUCUUUUGAGCUCAACAAUGGAAAAUUCUACUCGUGAAGUUGUUUUUUCCCUCAAUGGAUUGAACGACACAAGAACAAACAAACUGAUUUAUUUUUCCUGUUCAUUUCUCAUCUACCUUUUCACAAUUUUUGUGAAUAUGACUCUGGUUGUGACUGUCAUGCUGGACAGAAUUUUGCAUGAGCCCAUGUACAUCUUCCUGUGUAAUCUGUGUGUCAAUGGGAUUUAUGGUGCUACAAGUUUUUACCCCAAGAUUCUACUGGACCUCUUAUUAGAAUCUCACGUUAUCUCAUACAGCGCAUGUGUAACUCAAAUAUUCAUAGUCCAUUCGUAUGUGUUAUGUGAACUGUCCAAUCUGACAGUAAUGGCCUUUGACAGGUAUGUUGCAAUAUGUAAACCCCUGCAGUAUCACCCUAUUAUGACCCCUGGAAAUGUGGGGAAAAUAUUGCUUCUGCCCUGGCUGUUAUCCUUUGCUGAGAUUUUAAUUGGAGUUCUUCUAAUGCUUAGGCUGACUUUGUGUGGAUCUAAGAUAAACAAGCUUUAUUGCACAAACUGGGAUGUGGUGAAGCUCUCCUGUACAGAUACCAGUAUUAAUAAUUUCUAUGGAUAUGGAAUACUUAUUACUCAUUUCGUCCAAGUAGUGCUGAUUGUAAUCUCCUACUUCCACAUCAUCAGGGCAUGUGUGCGAUCGCAAGCAGAACAGAGCAAGUUCAUGGAGACCUGCCUGCCCCAUCUGAUCACUCUGGCCAUCUAUGGUCUAUCUGCUGCAUUUGAUGUCUUAUAUGCACGUUAUGAGUCCAGCAGCAGCCUGCAGGGUCUCCGUAACUUCUUCUCCAUAGAGUAUCUGAUCAUCCCUCCCCUGCUGAACCCCCUCAUUUAUGGCCUCAAGCUGAAGCAGAUUCAUCGGAGCGUCUGGAGGCUUUUCAGCAGGAAAGUCAGUGCGCUGACAUAAAUUCCAGAAUGUUCUUCCUCCCAAUAAACAAAAACGGUGACA